CUCGAGUCGAUAAUAAAGGAGUCUGUAGUAUUCUGUCAAUUUUUGUAAGGUUAUGUAAGAAAGGCACCUAAAGGUGUUGUUUGUGGUUUAUUUAUAUUCAGCUUAAUACUUUUUACGUGCAGUUUGCGGUAAAACAGUAAUGGCCAAAGAUAGUUACGAGGGUAAAAUUUCGUUAGAUCAAAAAGAAAUUUUAAUUACUUUCAUGGAAGAACACUCGGAAUUUGCAAAAGGAAAGUUCAUUGGAGCUGAGGGACGUAAAACUAGAAACGGCAUGUGGGAGCAACUUACAGGCACGUUGAAUUCUGUUAAAGGACCUCGGAAAACCUCAAUUAAAUGGCAGCGUGUGUGGAUUGAUUUAAAAAAUAAAAUUAAAAAGAAAGCCAGCGAAAUCAAAAGACAUCAUGGAAAGACUGGCGGAGGACCAGCAACAAAUAUUAAGCUGAAUGAUUUGGAACAGCGUAUACUAAAUCUAUUAACGGAUGAAGCCGUUUACGGUUUAGACAAAACGGUUGAUGUGCCUCUCGAAAGUGAAGAACCAGAAGUAAGAGAGAUGGCAGAGACCGAAUCAAGUGUGCCAUCACCUGGAUCAUCUGCCACAGAAGAAAUUCUUAUUAUUGGAGCACAUGAUUCGGACAGUGUCAGAAGUGAAGAUGAGCCAACAGUGAAUAACACAUCCAUAGCCUCACGUCGACGAACUAGCAGAACUACCGUUCAAGAAACGGCUAGUAAUUUUAUUACAAUUGGGGAAACAUUAAAUCAGAAAUUGGAUAACGUUAUCUCUGCUCUCGAGGAUAAUGUCAGAGAAAGGGGAACCACUAAUAGUUUGCUUCAUGAACUUAUUAAUGUUAUGAAAUCCAAUGACAACACUUUAAAAAUGUAACUUUAUUAAAUGAAUAAAAAAG